AUGGCUCCUUCUGCAACAGAAACUGACAACACUGAGUCAAGCAAAGCAACGCCGACGCUUUCUGAAAAGACGCAGACAUAUGUCAAUGACUGGAGCCAAUAUGUUAGAGGAGGCUUCCCUACCCUACCCAUUGCCGUUGAAUCAGCCGAUGGCCACAUGAUUACGGAUGUCGAUGGUAAGCAGUACAUCGACUUUAUCGAACAGUUUGCAGUCAUGAACUUUGGAUAUUCCAACCCCAAGAUCACCAAAGCUGCCAUGGACCAGGCCAUCAAGCUUCCUUUGACUGACACAUACCACAUCAGCCCCCUGUACACUGAGUUUGCCAAACGUGUGACCAAGAAAUUCGGCUUUGACUCAAUCGUCACCAUGCUCAGUGGCUCUGAAGCCGUUGAGUCUGCAGUGAAGAUUGCACGAAAGUGGGCAUAUAAGCACAAAGGGAUCCCUCAGGACAAAGCUCACGUUUUAACUGUGGACCAAUGCUACCACGGCCUGACACUCUCUACCAUGCCUAUGGCUACUAUUGCUGCUGAACACUUUGGACAACACCUUCCCAAUGUUGGACCCUAUGCCCCUACCAGCGGGAAACUCGUUCCCUUUGGUGAUAUUGAAGCGUUGACAGAAUGCUUCGAGCAAGACGCCCACAACCUGGCCGCAUUCAUCGUUGAGCCUGUUCAAGGCUGGGCGGGCACUAUUGUCCCACCUCCCGGAUAUCUGAAAGCUGCUCAAGAACUCUGUGGGAAGCAUAAUGUUUUGCUGGUCUGUGAUGAGAUUCAAGCUGGAUACGGCCGAACUGGCAAAGAUCUAUCAUUCCACCACGAACCAGAGCUAAAGCCAGACAUGGUAAUUAUGGGCAAGGCUGUUACUGGCGGUUACUAUCCCAUGUCCGUUGUGAUGGGAAAGAAGCGUGUCAUGGAUCUGAUCCAAAAGAACGAGAUCCUGUCUACAUUUGGGGCCUCCCCCAUUGCCUGUGCAGCCGCUCUGGCCUCCUUAGACGUUCUUGAAGAGGACAAAAUCUCUGAGAGAUCCGAAAGACUAGGAGAGGUUUUGAGGAAGACAGUGAAAUCCCUUAACCCUCCUCAUGUGAAGGAACUGCGAGGUCCGGCACUUUUCCAGUCUCUAGUCCUCGACUGUAAUGUUCCUGGGGUGACGCCUCGGCGCGUGUCAGCUUUGGCAAUGCAUCGCGGUGUUUUGGUGGGCAUUGGCGCUGAUCGUUUACGAUUCAGCCCUCCUCUGACAAUCUCUGAGGAGGACUUGGUCAAAGCAGUGGAGAUUAUUGUCCAGGUACUAAAGGAUGUAACGACAAUGGGAGACUUUCCAGGCAGUGAGUUCAUGAACUAG